GUGUCAUAUGAGGGAUUGGAGAAAUGAUACCUGGCAGUAUUUAAUGAAAGGAAGGGCAUUGUCAAGCCCCUCAGCCAAACAGUCUCCUCCGUUUAACAAAAAGAGGGACUAAAAGUAACAGAUUGAGAUUAUGAUAUAGUUUAUUAUUUCCCUGAAGUGGAUGAUUUUUAUCUGUUAGAUUGAGAAGACUAAAAGUAACAAAUACCUCAGUCUGUUAGUUCUUUUUUUUUUUUUUUGGUACAUUGCCAGGAGGUAUCCCCAUUCAACCUUCUCCGGGCACCAUGCCCUCGGGGUACGGCCCGUUUGGGCUAGCCCCUCAUUGUAACAGUGGGUGCACUAAGCUUCGCAACCGGAGAAAGGAUGAGACUAAUCCCCCAACCGAAGAUUUUUUGGCUUAUCCUCUGGCCCCCAAAGACAGUCUGUUAGUUCUUUAUCUAAAUGGGUGGAUGAUUUUGUAUCUGUUAUUAUUCUCUUCUUUAUGUAUUCAACUUUCAUUGGUUGAUUGUUCUGACAACUUACAGCUUCAAUCUUGAGAAAUUGAUGGGCCACCUUCUGAAUCUACUCCAUGGAACAGUUCUGUUAAACAAUUUCUGCUUCUAUCACUGCCCUAAAUUGCGAAUUACGGGUAUGAUUGUGUUGAUAUGGUUUUAGCUUCACAAGGAUUAAGAAAUUGUCACUUGUGGUUUCAAAACCAGGGAUAGAAAGAAGGGGUGGCAUCAAAAGACUCAAAACAGUGGAAAUGAGAGGGGAAUAAAUAGAUGAGUAGAAAUGAGUAGGUUGUCUUUCAGGCCUCGACCACUUGACAUUCACAAGAAGCUCCCCAUUGUCAAGUCCAUCAAGGACUUUGAAGAUGAUGAGGCACCCGCAUCUACCCGUAAUUCGCAAUUGCUACGUGUUGUUCCUGAGGUUGAAAAUGAGGUACAUCAAGCUCCCAGCAAGAAAUUGGCUGCUGAAAUACCUACUCCUCAGUAUGUUGUUGUGGAUACAUACGAAAGGGACUAUUCUUGCACUUUCUCUCAACCAACUUCCUAUUUGCGGGCUAGAGGAGCUCGGGCUGAGAUUGGAGAGUUUGUUGAGUAUGACUUGGACAAUGCAGAUGAGGAUUGGCUUUUAGAGUUUAAUGAAGAAAGGAAGAUUCUGACACCUGAAAUGUUUGAGAGUCUUAUUUUCAAGUUGGAGGUAUUGGAUCAUAAAGCUCGUGAAAGAGCUGGACUUAUAACACCUACUCUCGGUUCACCAAUUCCUGUGCAAUUGUGGCUUGAUACUGCUAUUGAGCAAGAACGGUGGCAAAAGCCCUUUUUGCGACGUUUGCAGGACUAUUUCUUAAAAAGAGAACAAAUAAAAUAUGGAGGAGUCUCCUUUAUUUAUCUGUGUCAAUGUUUCCGCCCUGCAACCUUCACAAGGGGACCGACCUCCAGGCCGUGUUCCACAGUGAGUAUCGGUUGGAUUGGACUGCCGACUUGGGAGCGUUUCGACAGAAAGGGCAUGAUAGAUGAGAACCAUGGCUGUCUAAAAAUCUCAAGGCAACCACCGCAAGAGGUUGUACGAAAGAACCAUUCACAUUUUCCCCUUCUGAUUGUCGACAAAUAUAUUUGUCAGCCGCACGACUAGGUGUUUGUAGAGCUGCAGUUGACGGCCAUUUAUGCAAUACUACUGUCAUCAGUUUUGGGUUUUGGAAUUGCUAUGGGAAUCAACUAUGUAUAUAUCCAGUAUGUCACUUGGAGACUUCAGGUCUCUCAUAAUGAUAGCCCAGUAUGAAUCUCCUCAGAAGGGAAAUAACUUCAUGGAUUUUCUUUGUACCUACUGAUACGAUGGCCUUCAAUCCGUGUUUAUUUUGAACUUCAUGACAGCAAGAGCAGCCCAAGGGAUGGCAGCAGCAGCCCAAGUAGUGAGAAAUGAAUUAAAGACAGUGCAAACACCAAAUGAGAAGAGAAACCAUGAGGCAGGGAACGCAAGUCACAAGCAAGAUAGCACCAUUUUUUUUGUGAGGUUCAGUGUGGAGGAAAGGAGUCUGUAAUUGGAUAAGCAUGAGUGUGCCAUUCAUCUAGUGUUGUUAGUUUAUAUUUGUGCAGAGCCAUAAUUGUUACAGGUUGUCAGAAACUAUUGUAAAGGACACAGUCCUAAUAGUGUAAUUGGAAUCCUGUUACUAUUUCCUUGCAAAUGUUGUAAGAGGAUUACAUCCUCAGUUGCUGAAUAUUCAAUAUAA